AGCGGGGUGGACAACGCUGGCGCCGGGGACGACGCUGGCGCCGGGGACCACGCUGGCGCCGGGGACGACGCUGGCGCCGCCGGGGACGACGUCGGUGGCCCUCGCCACCACGACGCCGCGCGAGCCGGUCGUCUCGCGGGAGUGGCGGCUGCGCGACGCCGGGCAGGCCAAUCCGCACGCCGGGCCCGGCGCUGGGCCGAGCACCUGGGACAUCUACGAGGUGGAGUUCUACUCCUCUUACGCUGCUGGGCAGGAGGCCACCGCCGACGCCCCCGACCAGCCGCCGCGGUGCACGGGGUGGCUGCAGCCGGCGUCGGUCACUGCCAGCAGCGUCUACAGCACCGGCCGCAAUGGCCCGGACGAGGCCAUUGACGGGGUCGUCAAGUGGGGCAACGGCUGGAGAUCGGCCAACCUCAGCGCGCCGGGGGCGUGGCUGCAGGUGAGCUUCGAGAGCCAGGCGACGGUGCAGUGCGUCCGUCUCUACCAAGAGAGCAGCGGCGACGGCAGCAGGUUCGACUACGUGGUCUCACAGGUCGCCCUCGAGGGCUUUGACCAGGCAGAGGGCGUCUGGAAGGAGACGUCCUGGUGGCGCGACGGGUCCGGCGACGUGGUCAGGCUGCCCGGUUGGCGCUGGAUCACCCUGGCCGCCGGCGCGGUCCCAGAGCUGGCCCCAGCGGAGUGCCCGAACCAGAUCGACGGGAUCGGGGACCUGCCGCCCUCGGGCCACAUGUCUCUCUGCUGCGUCUGGCCGCAGCUGUCCGACGCGCCGGCCGCUGGCUGGCUCGACUGGGUGGAGGGCGGCGACGCGGGCGGCGGCGGCGGGCGGCGGCGGCGGCGCGGCUGCGCCGACGGCGCGACGGUGCAGAGCGGGAGGCACUGCCAGCUGCAGAGCCCGAGCUGCGGCACGAC